UUUAAUUAUUGAUAGAAAAAAUAACAAAGCGAAAUAAAUAAAGCUGCAAGCUUUCACUCAUGUAAACAAAACAUCGGCUGCCGGCAAAAUUGACAUGUUUUCACAUACGAAUGCCACUUGUCGGUCGCUCCGUAUGCUUUUGGCACAUGAGUUGCGCGCUCUCUCUCCCUCUCCCUCUCCAAGCUUUCGCACACACUCCGGUCAUGCGCACGGCACGGCGCCUAGAUACAUGCCCUCAAAAGUGAAAAAUUUCUGGGCGAAAUUUUCCAAGCACGAGCUGGCACGAGCUCAGUUUGUCUUUUCGACUGGUGGCGUUUAAACGAUAGCUUCGGAUAGCAGAACGGCAGCAAGAAGUGAAAAAAUCAACGCUCCAAAAAGAUGUACUCCAUAACCUAGACCCAGUGCAGUGACAGCAAAAAUUUUUUGCAAAGAGUAUAUAGUGAAGAAGCAAAAAAAAAAAAAGAUUUUUUUUUCGUUUGUGCAAUUCCUAAACUGUUUAUGAAAGACAAAUUGAUGUUCCUUUUUUGAAAUAUUUUGAAAUCUCCUAUUCAAAUUUCAAGCAAACCCACUCUCCACAAAAAAAAAAAAAUGAAGAAAUGAGUGAAAGUAUGUGACUAAAUUAUGUAAUUCAUUAACGCGCAACGGUAUUAAAACGAAAGUGAGCCGAGUGGAGCUACAUACGACUUAGAGUGGCUCCUCAAAGCAAAUCACAGUACAUGUGACCGUCCGUACUGCGCUAAGGCGUGUUUGUGUGCACACAUGUAUGUAUGUAUGUGCAGAAAAUAAAUUUAAUAUAAUAAAUGUAAAAUUCGCUAUUCUCCAACCAGGCUGUCUGACUGUAUGCAUGCACACGCAAAUGAAAAGAAAUGACACAACUCAAAUGAACUCGCUGCUGGGAAAAGGAAAAAUCAAUAAACUCACAAAUAACGGUACUUGAAAUAGAAGUAUAUUCAAAUAUCAUCACAUUUUCGUAUCCUACUUUUUCGAGUCGAGUCGAGUCUACAUGUCUACAUGGCAUUGCCUAUGUGUGUAUGUAUGCGUGUGUAUGUAUGUAUGUAUGUAUGUAUUUAUCCAAGGAUGUAAUAUGCCUAUGUCUAUGUAAAUGUGCGUGCGUGCUGAAGUCAGUUUCCCGUAUACAUAUUGGUGGGAUAACAGGAAGUAAGCAGAAAACUGUGAAAUGAAGUUGCCGACCGCAUGGGCAAGGCGAAGUACAGAGAACAAAGUACGAACCAGCUGACCGAACCGUGUUAACGAGCAAAACGAGCGUAAAGAGCGCACGAAGUAUUGGGAAGUCACAGCUGUAGAGUUCGCCUUGACAGGAAUGGUCUAACUCCGUUGGAGAAAUUAUAAAAAAUGAAAUUCUAGUGUAACGGUACAGCUAGAUGAGCUCGCGUGAUAGUACAUACGUAUGUACAUAUGUAUAUAUGCAUAUAUUUGCAAAUUAAAAAAAAAAAGAAGUUAAAUAAGAAAAUAAACUUAAAAUCUUGCCUAAACGCGCCUGGCGUACUAAUGAGUGUUAUAUAUAUAUGUAAAUACUUAUGUGUGUUUGUGUGCAUGUAUAUAUUACUACAGACUUUUGCAAACAGUCGGGCACGCAUUCACAUGUCGCUUUCUAUUUAUUAUAACAAUUUAAGUGAAUUUUUUCAGCCUUAUUUUCUAUGUAAAUAUGUGCGCGUACGUGACUGCGUGUAAAGAAAGCUUCGUCUCUUCGCGUAGAUAAGCCUCUAAUAGUGAAAAGGAUAUUCUAAAAUAUAUGUAUACAUGUACAUACAUACAUAUUAUUUUGUACAAGCGAAAGUGGGACUUAACAGUGUUAUUUAUUUCGUACUACUUAUGUAUGUAUGUAUGUACGUACAUAUAUACAAUAUAAAUAUAUGUAUGUACUUUUGAAAAUAUAUAGCCAGCGCGCCGAUAAACGCUUACUCCGUGCUAUAAAAUAUGUUAAAUAAAAAACAUGUUUCGUGAUUUACAAACGCGUAGCAAUUUAUAAGCGAACAAAAAGAAAAAAGAAAGCAGCUCGAGAUUUCAUUUUGCAGCCCGAAAAGGAAACAUAGAUUGACUGGUGCCAGCAUCUAGCAGUAAAUGUAUACGCAGCGAGUUCCUAGGAUGUAUGUCCUUUCCACUACAAACAUUGCUAAAGCAACCCGUUAACGGUUUCUACAAGCUACAGUCACAGGCAUGUCUACUUAAGCCACAGCCGCCCAUCUUAUUGCCAUCUACGUGCGUAGCCGCAGUACAAACGCAGCAAAGCUCGGCUCCAACAGCACAUAAUAGCAAUCAGAAGACCGUUACACACUAUCAAAUACAUACAAAACCCCAACCGCUACAACCACCGGCAUUAGCUGCAGCACCCGCACCCAACCCACAGCCAAUUGUGCCCGAGUCGGGACGUUUCGUUAGCGCCGCCACCGCCACAAACGCAGCCACCGCAGCCACAAUGACAUCAACACUGACACGCCAGAAAAGCGAUGAGGACGUCAUGAGCAUCGACAGCAUGGCACAGGCGACAGCUGGCAACAAUAUCGAACAUCCGAUGACAUUGAGCCGGAAGGCUUUGCAUCAGCGUGACGCCGAUGAGAAUCUAUUUUUGCGUUUCCUCGAACUGGAUCCACCCACGGAGGCGAGUGCGCCCACAACUGCCGCUAAUGCUACGCCAUCGAGUGGCCGUCGCCUCUCAAGCAGCAGUAAGGCCAUCGGACGCACACCAUUCACAAUGACAAAGAAACUGACGCGUACUGCUGAACGUGGUUUUGGCUUUUCCAUUGUUUGGACACAUCCGCCACGUGUUGAAAAAAUCGAGCCGGGCUUGUCGGCCGAUCGUGCGGGCAUACAACCGGGUGAUUAUGUGAUUUUCGUCGACAAACAGAAUGUGGUGACAAUGCCCGAAGCGGAUGUGCUCAAUUUAAUACGUUCACAAGGCUCCACCCUCACGCUGGAGGUGUUUAGACGUACGGGACCGGCAGCUGGUGGCGGUGGCGGUGGCGGUGGUGUUAGUGGCGGCCUUGCACUGGCUUCAAUGCCAUCAAUGCCGCCAGCGCUUAGCGUGGGCAGUCGUGGUCAUCCCACUGCGCCGGUCAUGAAUGGCAAAGCUUCGUCCAGCACGCGUCUUGCUAGCGCCGUAAGCGAUGAACAACAAUCAGUUACGGGGGGUCCCGCCUCAACGACACAGCGUCGCAUUGCGGUGGCAAGCGCAUUACCAAGCGCUGCAGUCGGUACAAACGCCGGUAGCACAAUGACAGUCGCAGUCACAAGUGCUGUAACAAAUGCACGUCCGUCCACAGCCUGCUCAGGCGGUACUACCUCGUCCAUUGAGGCGGCGAAACGGCGUUUACAUCUGCCGCAGGUCACAUUCAGCAAGGAGUCCAUCGGCCCCAUCACCGACAACCGCCGUCGCUUGCUGCUGCAGCUGAUUAGUCGUGAGCAGAAUUUCAUCUCUGCGCUGCACUUCGGCAUGCAGCGCUUCGUACAACCGUUGCUGGAACGUAAAGAUCUCAUCUCGCCAAAUGAUCAUCGUACGCUCUUUCAGAAUAUCGACGAACUUUUGCGCAUUUCCGAAGAUAUUUUGGAGCAGCUGUGCAAUGAUGAUCAAGAGCCACAAAUGAAUUUCGCCUCACGUGUUUAUCUCUCGAAGACCACGGCGAUUUGUGCGGCCUACAAGAAGUACUGCAAUGGCAUUAAGCGUGCCGAUUGUGUGCUGGUGAACAAGUCGCGUCAGAUGGGCUCUGAUUUUGUGGCCUUCAUAACCGAACCGCAAGUGCCGCGCAAGCGUCCAGAUCUCACGAUGUUUAUACACCGACCGCUACAACAUUUUCGCGAAAUCCUCAAGCUCAUGCAAUUGCUCGCUUCGAACUGUCACGUUGAUACGGAGGAACAUAAGAAUUUUACUACUGUCAUCGCAGAGCUGCAGGCUGCCUAUCGUGAGAUUACCGUUAGUAGUGGCUUAAUGGAACCAUUGGGCGAGGGCCGACCUUUGCUCACGUUGCAAGAUCUUGAGUCCCGCAUGGUCUUCACCAAGUGUAAGCCAUUCACGCUGGCCGUACAGGGCCGCCAAUGGAUUUUCGGUGGCGAUCUGUCACGCGUGGAAGGUCGCUCUGUGAAACCCUACUGGACCUUGCUCUUUAGUGAUAUCAUCGUGUUUGCAAAGGUCAGUCGCGACCGUGUACUCUUCAUAACGGAGGAGCCCAUACCGAUUGCGAAUAUUGUGGACUCGUGUUUUCACAUGCGUAAAAAGACUACGGAGUUCCGUCUUACAGUUGACCCGAAUGGCCGCCUGGCUGAGAGCCCAACUGGUUAUUGUGCACCCGAUCUAACACGCACACCCAAGAAGAGCGCGCGCCGGAAAAGUCUGCUGCUGCGUGCGCCCUCGCUGGAGCUAAAGGCUGUCUGGCAGAAUCUCUUGCAGCGUCAAAUUUUCCUCGUGAAUGCCGCGCUCGGCUCAACGCCGCUCUCCAGUCCACUGGAUUCUCCCGAUGUGCUCAAUACUUUAGUGCCACUUAGUGAUAUUGGUAUAGCCUCCGCAUCCAUUGGCUCCAUCAAACAUUCGUCCAUGGACAGCAUCAAUGCGAAGAACAGCCAGCAACAGAAGCGCCAUUCGAAUGCAUCGGAUCAAAUCGAAAUGCUCAUCGAUGAAAAGUGUCGCAUACUGAACAAGACCGGCACAUCCAAGUCCAAUGCGCUACAUCUCGCUAACUGGAUGAAAGGACAGCUAGAUAAACAGCAAGAACAGGCAAGAUUGGCUGCCCAGCGUUCGCGUCAGAGCAUCACACACGAGGAAGAACAUCUGCUCUACCCCGAGCAUGAACAGGAUGAACGCAUCACCUUCUGGACACGUCAGCAAUUGGAGAAGCGCACGAAAGAGCUCAAUUUGACUAAGGAGAAUGGCAAUUUGAAGGCGCGCCCGAAUUUUGGUGGCAAACGAUUGAGUGGCGUUGAGGAGCUGAGCAUGAGUGAUGCCUACUCUGAGAAUGUGAGUCAGCUUAGUCAAUCGCAUAGCACCACAUCGGAUAGUCAGAUCACUGUACGCUCUAGCCCCAUUGUGCUCGAUAAGCUAGCAGUCUGUCGUCAUUGCCAUAAGAACUGCCAACAAGCGGCCUUGGGUCUACAACAGUCAAUGUCACCACCCGCCAUGUCCACUAUACAAAACCAACCAGCCGGUGGUGACGCCGAGCCAAGUGCUGGUGGCGGCAGUGGCAGUGCGCUGGUGUGCACUUCACUGAAGGUGCAACACAGUCAGUCGUCACCUAAUCGCUGCUGCAGACUCAAUGGAAAUGCAAGUCAGGCCGGCAGCACCACGAGCAUAUCAUCAAGUACCAUAACGGGCGAACAGCCCAGCGAACACUCAUCCAAGGUAGUGGCUAGCAGUAGUAAACGUGAGACCGGUGACACAGAGAGCGAUGUAGCUCAAUUAAUAACCGAUGAUCUUUCGCAAUCAGAGGCCACGGACGACAGUAUUGGCGGCGGCAUACUCAGCAGCAGCAGUGGCGUCGCCGGUGUUGACGAAAUGCAGCGACGCCUCACCGACAGCUUCAAUAAACUACGAAUUUUAGAUGAACGUUGCGAGGCGAGGGGCUUGGACGCGAAGCCUGUACCGCCCCAGCCCACGGCGCGGCAACAGGAACAGAAGCAAGUGCAGGAGACAAGUUUACUGAAUGGUUACUGUUUAACGAACUCCACAAAUAGUGUAUUGCAGAGGAUUAGCGAGGGAAAGCCACAACCACAGCCUAGAACAUACCGUGUAACAUUACAAACUGCGUCUGAGGAGACCACAAAGGAGGCGGCAAACAAGAAAGUGAAAACGACGGUCACCAUCACUGAAACAGCGCAAAUCAUACGUGCACAGGACCAAAAUGAACGCAAAUCGGAACAACCGACCGAACGCGUGCACGUUGAGUUGCAACCUACGAAAAGUCCAAAGUCGCCGCACACGCCGAAAUCGCCAAAAUCGCCCAGAACUCCCAGCACACCCGCAUCAGUCGCUCGCUACAUACCGUGCAACUGUCAAUGUACGCCAGCCGACUUUGAAAAUACCACGCUCAGUCCAGACGAGUUGGAGCAGCAGACCUGCAAGCUGCUGGAGUCGCCCAAGCAGUCACCAGUAAUGCCACGUCAAUUGCCGCUACAACAAACCGCGCCAACCGCUAAAGAAAAAGGGACGCACAGAAAUUGUAAAUGCGUUUGUGGCCGCCAGCCAUUGGAGGGCGCAGUGGAUGAGCUCACAUCGUUCAUUUUCGCUGGCUUGUCCGCGAAGCAAUUGCACAUGAAGACAACAACACCUACAGCGCCGCUGCCAACACCAACCACUGGGUACCAGCCUUCAACGGACGCCACCAUACGCGAUACCGAUCUAGUGCCGACUAUUUCAGUCGUGCCACCGACACCCGAGGCGACACUCACCAUGACCACGACGAAUGUGUGGGACAAUAGUGGCACAAAUAUAACCACGAGCACAACCACACAGCUGCAGUUGAGUAGCUUACCACAUCAAGCGGUCAUUGAAAAUAUACCAGAAGACUCGUGUGACGAGUCGCCGUUAGACGAAGAGCCACCCUAUCGACCGAUGAGUAACACGCUACGUCGUUACGGCACAAUGUCCAGCCUAGAGAAGUUGCCCUCCGAUGACCGCAUGGAUGGCGAAAUAGACGAAUUGGAUAAUGAUGAGGAUAAUGGCAAUGAUCGUAGCGACGAUGCGGCCUGUGACGACGACGAAGACGAUUACGAUGAAUUGGAUGAUAAAGCACGCGCCGAUACGGUGGAUAAUGUGCGCGAAAUCAGCAAGUCCAGCGGUGGCGGUGUGUACAGCAGCAGCAACGGCGCCGGCAUGGCCGUUGGCAGCUCAUGUGUGCUAGUGGGUGGUGUGUGGACAAGUCGCACGAGCAGCCUAGCUGGUGGCAGCAAAAUGUCUUUCUUUGAAGAGUCACGUGCAUUCAUUGACAAAUAUUUGGGCAGAUGGAAUCAAGAUCAGGCGACAACAAUGUCUUCACCAGCGGCGACUACUUCAGAAACCGACGAGCAGGCCGAUGAGUGCACCUCUGGUGCCACUUCGGGCGAGGAGGUGUGGGGCACGCCGACCAGUGGUGGCGAUAAUGAGGAUAUGCAGCUGGUCAACUCGGAGAACACCUACUCGUCGCCGACCAAAUCGAGCAACUCGCUGAAUGAUGACGACGAUACCGAGCUUAUGAUGGACGAACUGCUUAUGGCGCCACCCAUGACAGCGAGCACCAUACGUGGGCUCUUGCCGCGACGUCGCUUAGAGCCACUCUUUGAGGAGGAGACUGAAAGUGACGAGGAGAAGACGCAACAAGAGAGUGAAGAUGUUAAAAAGGGGGAAACAACGACAAAUGGCCACUAUUUAAAGGAUUCAGCUGGAAGCUCAAGCGACGAGGAUCUCUCGAACGACCAGAGCUACGAACUGGAGGAGCGGGAGGCCAAGGCGAGGGCGGCGGAGGCAGAGGCGAGACCGAGGGAUGUACAACCCGCGUUGGCCAGCGCCCAGAAGGCGGCACCACAUAUACGUGGUCAUAUACCACCGCCGACAUCAAUACCAACGAGCUGGCAGCAGGCAUUCGCACAGUCCCAGCCGCCACAUCAGACGAGCCAUCAGUCGUGCCUACCAGUCGCUGUGCUGAAGGAAUCAUCUUGCGAGUACCUACUCGAACAGCGUACAAUGGUACCGUUGCGCACCACCAGCAUUACCAACAGUCCACCUACGGCGAGAGCCAAUUCAGCAGCGGUCUCAAUAGCGGCGGAGGAGCCCUCAACGAAGCUCGAGUCGGCCACACAGCAAACACUCACGAUGCAAGUGGAGAUGAAAGCGACGAUGAGGAGUACUACUACUAUGAUGAUGGCGGCGGCGGCUACGACGACGACGACGAUGACGACAACGACGAUGAUGCAUGCGAACAAGACGCCACCCUCGCCACGGAGUCAACCUCCUUCAUCGACUUCUAUAACAAUCAGCAGCGCGAACGUCAGUACCGCGAAAAGCAGCUGCAGCAGCGUCAGUGGGGUGAGUACCCCAACUACUACCAACGUAUACACAACGACUGUGCAACGACCGGCGAAGUUCGUGCCACCGCCGCCGCCACCACGUCGACUGUUGCUAACGCAAAGCAACUUGCAGACAAGUGGCGCGGAACUGAAGAAGGCGCCAACGCCUCCUCGACGAAGUUUUGGCGCUUCUGCUGACGAUGGCUCUUCAGCGGUUGCCAGCACCACAGACGCAAGCACAAGUGUGCCGCGCGUAGUCGCUACGCCUACCACAAAAGCACAACCGUUGGCAGCGAUGGCGAGGGCGACAGUGAGGCAGACAACAGCCGCUGGCAGUCAGCGUUCUGCUGUCGCCGUUACCGUCGUGCCGUUGACGACCGCAAAGCGUGCAUCGUCAACGAUAAUAGAGACAUCGCUGCUGGGCUCGGGCGACAACAAGGCAGCCUGCACAUCAUCAACAAUAGCUUCGAAGACGACGAAGGAGCGACCGCCGGCACAGCAGCGCCAACAACGAACCCGGGCGGACGAGAAAGCAGCAGCCGAAACAGUGACGAAAACGCUGGCGACGACGAAAGGCAACGAGGACGUUUCAAAAUCGGCCGCUGCCCCAGCGCCAAUUGGUUCCGGUUUAAGUCCACGACUGGAGAUGCGUUUGGCACUCAAUCACGACAUACUCGGCGACGAAGACUUAAUCUGCUACGAUCCUGGUCCGGAUCUAACAAGAAUAUUGGGGCACGACCUCUCCACAUUUCAGCGACGGACGGGUCGCGAUUUAUUGAGUCGUUCAGCAACGAAUCGCGUACAGCCAAAAGAGGCUGUCAUAUCGUUCUCUCAACAGCGAAACUCGAAGAUGGACACGCCAACAGUGAACCGACGUCCACGUCCGAGCGCCAGCAGUUGUACGCUACCGACCGGCUUGGUGGCUGGUGGCGCGCGAGUCGGCGGCGCUCCACAACCCCUGCAGCCAAAUCGAAAUACAUGGAGCAGUUCUGUAUCUGCGGCUCGGAGCAACGACGUCUACGCAAGCGACGUCGAAAGCAGCAAAAGUUACAAUUACAACAACGACGACAGCAAGUUAAGCGAUCUAGAAAUCUUAGCGAGACGAGAGAAGACAUAUUGCAUGUCUCAAUUGAGGAGUGGCUCACGAGUCAAGACGAAGACGACGCCCGAGCUGAAGAAGGCGGCAGCGGCAGCGGCGACCAACAACUCAGAAACUGUAUUGACAAUGGCAGCAAUAUCAACGAUGACCAGCAGGGAUUCCUCGAGCAGUCCUCAAGCGAUGAGUACUACUUUGACGGGCAUGGAGACUGAGAGCGGUAGCAUGCGUGCGCGCAAGAUCGGACGCGAUGAGAGUGCGUUGAUUGAAGCGGGCAAAGGAAACCGGUUAAUCAACUUCAUAAAGCGACGCAACUCGGAAAGUCCGAUCUCGCCGAACUGUUCGCAGAGCUCGCUAAGUGAAUCCAAUGCCAGCGGUACGCCCGUACAUCGCCUGGCCGUACAAAUGUCGCCACGUAAAGAUAAUGACAAACCCUCGCUAAAUCGCCGUCUGUGGAAACAGAUCACCAAACGGCGGCGCGCCAACUCUGUCUCGGAAGUAGCCGCCAGCUAAUUCUGCACGCGCAUCCUGUCCCAAUACACGUCCAAGCAACACCAUGCUAACCCCGCAGCACACUGUACUCGGCUUAAGGUAACGGCAAUUUGUGCAAUUUCGCUAACGAUAAAGGCAAUGCCCAAAAAUGAAAGCUGUAGACUUCAUGGAAAUAGUUUGGAAAAUGAUAAUUUUUGGCAUCAUUUUUUGUUCUUGUAGAAUGUAAGUGUCAUUGUUAUUGUAGCUGAGUAGUUGAUAAGGCUAAGAAUGCGGUGGUACACGGCCUUGACUUCACAGCUUAGGUCGGUAGCGCUGUACUGCUUUCGGUUAGGAAAAAAAGUUAACUUUUUGGAGAAAAAUUUUAAAAUUUGUAGGUUAAGCGAAUUUUCGUAGUAAGAAACGUGUAGGAUAAAUUCGAAUCGUUGGAAUAUUCUUUAAGGCUUGCUUUUAGGGAAAAUAAUUCUGAGACCAGUCACAAAAUACGUAGUCACAAUUAGCCUGCAGCCUGAAGGUAUGCUCCAAGAAUGCAAUUAUAAAGGGUUAGAAAAGUGAAAAAUUUUUAAAGCAUAAUUUUAGGCGCUUGUGUACUCGGAGUAAGGAAAUGAUGUUGUCUUGUGACAGCCUUCAGAAUACCAUUGUUUAGUAGCAAAUAUAAAGAAUAAUAUCCCACGCUGACUAACUCAAAAAAUUAUGAGCGCUCACUACUCCGAAAUAUCUUUUUUCCUCUUCUGAUUUUCUCUUUCCCCUCAAUUUAAGUCGAGGUUAGAGAGCUGAGAUUAAGGUAGGGAGCAAAAUGAAAUUAACUCGUCAUCUGACAUGAAAAGACAUCAAAGACAGAGGGCUGGAAUAUUGUUCCCUCCUCUUUAACUGAAAAUGUUCUGAAUAUCGGUCUUCAGAUCAUGCUUUUCAACCUGUUUGACAGCUUCUUUAGGUUUUCAUUUCCUCGGCCACUCUCUUUUGUCGGCUGUUCGUUUCCCUUUUCAACUCUCUUCAUCUUCCUAGGAUCGAGAAAAGAGUUCAGAAAAUGUAAGCAUACUUUAAGGCGCAAUAUAUCUCGGAACUGUGAGUGCUCACAAUUCUAUGGGCUAAAUCAGCUUGACAGAGUUAGAGAGUCGUCUAUAUCGUGAAUUAGAAUAUGAUGCAUUAAAGCUUUGCGUACAGUAUACAAGAAUAUAUAUAAGUAAGCGAACAUGGAGAAAAUUUUAAACGCGAAUUAUGCAUACUUUAUUAAAAAAUAGAAUAAAAAUUAUGAAAAUCGGAAGACACAUCGCCAAUUUCAGCGCUGUUUUGCUAGUGUCCUUUAAUGCGGAAUUAUGUAAAUGAAAAUGCCCUGGUUUUAGGCAAAUUCUAAAAGGAGUGUGGAUUUUAUAAGAUCUUUAGCAAAAAUUAAAUAAUAAACAUUCAAAACAA